AUGCAAAAUCAAAAUGCUGCCAUCAAGAAACUGGAGACACAAAUUGGUUAUCUAUUCAAGCAGCUUUCUAACCACAACCUCUGCAAUAAUAACAAUUCAAGCAAGGAGGAGGAGUGUCAAGCUAUAACACUUAGGAGUGGGAAGGAACUUAAGGAACUCUCCCAAAAACCACAAGAAGAAGGCUCAAAUGAAAAGGGAAAAGAGCAAGAUGGAGUUCAAACUACCGCUUCAAGUCCACAAAAAGAAAAAGGGAUGCCAAAACUAAACAUCUCAAGAGCUCCAUAUCCGCAGCAGUUGAAGAAAAAGGAAGAUGACAACCAGUUCGUGAAAUUCUUGGAAAUCUUCAAGAAACUACAAAUCAACAUACCAUUCAUCAAGGCCAUACAACAAAUUCCUGCAUUCAUCAAGUAUAUGAAGGAACUUCUUCCCAGGAAAAGCUCACUCAAAGGAGGCCAAAAUAUAGUGUUAAACAAGGAAUGUAGUGCCCUUAUCCCACCUGAGUUGCCUGCAAAAAGAAAAGACCAAGGGAGUUUUCACAUCCCCUGUGCCAUAGGAGAAACAUUGUUCGAUAAAGCACUCUGUGACUUGGGGGUAAGCAUCAACUUACUGCUAUUAUCCUUGGUAAAGAGGCUGCAGAUCAAUGAGAUAAUGCCCACAGAUGUGGUCAUCAGACUGGCUGACAAGACUCAAAAGCAAGCAAUAGGAGUGGUGGAAAAUGUGUUACUAAAGGUUGGGAAAUACUUUCUCCCAACAGACUUUGUCAUUCUGGACAUGGAAGAGAGUCACACUCACCCAAUCAUAUUGGGAAGACCAUUCCUAGCUACAGCCAGAGCACUCAUAGAUGUGGAGAAAGGGGAGCUAAUAUUGAGGAUCCAUGAUGAAUGGCUCAGCUUUAAUGUCUUCAAACUCUCACAAGAAGCAGACCAAGAGCACAAGGAACCAAGUAAAGAUCAUGAUGAGAUGUUGAAGGAAGAAGAAAGCACUGAAGCACACCCAACCUAUCUGGAGACUCCUUUGGUUGAUAAACAAGGGAAACAGCAACUACCACAGCUCAAGGAAAAGUUAGAAGAACCUAAACCUCUAGAGGCAUGUGAAGACAACAUCACAAAUCCCUUAGAAAAAGAAGUCAUCAAGAGCAAGACAAUAUCAAAGGACACAAGGAAGAAGGUACCAAGAAAGUGGAGGAACAAAAAGAUCCCUACAGAAGACUUCUCUCCAGGAGAUAGAGUGAUCUCAGCUUACUUCCCAGAUAUCCCCCCUAAUCUCCUCACUAUACCAUCUCAGUUACCGAAAGUCUUCACAAUCAACAGAGUUCUCUCCCUGGAACAUGUAGAGAUAAUUGAUACAACCAAUGGAUACAAGUCCACAGCGAGAGGGGAGGAUUUCAAGCAUUACCAACCACCCUGA